UCUUUACCAUUCUUUCCUGAAAGCAGCCUAACCUUCCACCAUGUCGACGCCAAACUCAUUGCCCGAUUAUGAGGGCAAAGAAGUCGCAUCAGGAAAUGCAGCGACAAUUAUCGAGGAUCAGACAAUCCCUCCAGCCCGCCGCAUGAGGGCCUUUUCGUGGUUUGGUUAUAUUCUCUCUCCUGGCAGCCCUCUUCCUGUUCGCACUAGACAACACGAUUGUGGCCAAUGUACAACCCAGCAUCAUAAAUACUCUCGGAGACAUAGAAAAACUACCAUGGAUCUCAGUUGCUUUUGGACUUAGUGCCGUGGCCACCAAUCUCUUCUGGGGCCAACUUUAUGGCCAUUUCAAUAACAAGCCACUAUUCAUUGCGGGUGUCGUAACUUUCGAGGUCGGUUCGGCAGUUUGCGGCGCAGCGCCAACCCUCGAUGCCCUGAUUAUUGGGCGAGCAAUAUGUGGAAUCGGAGGAAUCAGUAUUUACCUAGGAACAAUCAACAUGGUAUCUACCUUGACGACAGAAGCAGAGAGACCGCUGUAUCUGGGGUUCGUGGGCCUGACAUGGGGUAUUGGCACAAUUCUCGGUCCUAUCAUCGGCGGAGCGUUUGCAGAUAGCUCAGCAACCUGGAGAUGGUCUUUUUACAUUAAUCUCUGCAUUGGUGGCACCGCAGCACCCGUCUAUCUUUUUCUUCUGCCCGGAUACAAUCCACGACCUGGUAUCGGUAUCCUGACCCGAGCAAAGGAGCUGGAUUUUGUCGGAGGCAUUCUGAGUGCGGGGGCAAUGACUACACUGGUUAUGGCUAUCUCAUUUGGUGGAGGCGUCUACCGAUGGGAUAGCGGUCAAAUAAUCGGCCUAUUUAUCAGCACGGGAGUUCUUUGGGUGUUGUUUAUUUUGCAGCAAGCUUUUGCUCUCUUGACAACUUCAUCCCGUCGACUCUUCCCUGUGGACCUGGUGCGGUCGUGGGAGAUGGAUAUUCUCUUUUCCCAAAUGGCGAUUGCGCAGACUUUGGUCAUGCUCCCGAUUUAUUUUAUCCCCAUCUUUUUCCAAUUUACCAAGGGGGAUAAUGCCAUCGAUAGCGGUGUUCGCUUGCUUCCGUUUGUGCUCGUGCUCGUGUUUGCUGUCAUGCUCAACGGCGCCAUGAUGGCUAAGUUGGGCUAUUACAUGCCAUGGUACUUGCUCGGCGCAAUUUUCGCCCUGAUAGGCAGCUGUCUUCUGCAUACCAUCGACCUGUAUAUGAGCCGUGGUCGGGUCUACGGAUUCUCUGUCCUUGCUGCUUUAGGCACAGGAUUGUACUCUCAGGCCGGCUUCGCUGUCGCACAGGUAAAGGCACCUCCACAGCAGUUAUCUCAGGCUACUGCUUUUAUUGGCGUUGGCCAAGUAGGUGGCAUUAAAUUGGCGCUGGCACUUUCCAACAGCAUCUUACUGAACAGAGCCACGGAUAAAAUCAGUUAUAUCCUGCCCGGUGCGGCUAGGGGUGUAAUUCAACAAGCCAUCUCCGGGGUCAGAGCGUCCUUUUUCACUACCUUGUCGCCGUCUGACCGGACUCGAGUUCUAGGGGCUGUUGUUGAGAGUAUAGCCGACGUCUUUAUUAUGAUGAUCGCGGCGGCAGCGGUCUCUACAGUCCUUGCCAUCUUUAUGAAACGCGAAAAACUUUUUGUCAAGCUCCCUCCUUCUAAUGAUGCGGAAGCUACUCAAGAACCGUCUCCAUAAUGGCCAGUCACCCUCAUUUGAUCCUCAGGGUUGGCACAUUUAGUGAGUCCUGGUAGGACACAUCUUUUACAGGCACUGAAUAUACCGAGGGUGAGAAGGUCGAGAGCAUAGUGAGGUGUCAAAUAAGCUAUGAGGAGAUUGAUAUACUUUCGGGUAGGUCAUGGCAUUUGUUCUUACAAGCAGGUAUCAAGACUAGCAUUUAGUAGUUCAGGUUUCUCUUUCUUGCCUAAUAAUGUCUAUUCCCAGGGCACUCUAAAAAAGUCCCUUAGAAGAUCGUGAAGGACUAGACAGGAAGGAGAAGGACAAUCAACAAACCUUGGAGUGACUUAGUCCAUAUCAAGUGCCACCUGUCAGUAUAACAAUAAUCAAAUGAAGUAUUAUACAACUCGCUUGUU